AUGGUCGUUUAUAAUAAAAAUAUUGAAAAUAAAGAAAAGAAAGUAGAUAUGAAAUUCAGAGUUUCUAUAGUAGAUACCAUUCAUUUAUUGGAUCCUGGUAUACUUCUUUUAAUUUCUAGCAAUGAUGAUUAUUUGCCUGCAAUACUUUAG